AUGGGUCGGCGUACCGCUGCGGUUUCUCAAAAAGGGUCGGCUCCACCUUUGUCAGAGUACUAUUUGCCCGCUGAACCAGUAUACAAUGAAAUUGAAACGGUCCCUCAUCAGACUCAUCAGUUCCCUGUAGUACAAAAAACAACCGAAAGUCAAAAUUUUCAUGGAGUUGUGCCGAAACAAUUGCACGGCCACCAUUUUGUACUGACCACUCAGAGGCCGGUAGUUCAACCGGUUGUGGGUCAACGGGCAGCGAAUUUUGAGCUUCGGCGAGCCGAAAAAUUGCUUAAUAAAAAUCCGGAACGGGCUGCCAAAAAACCGUUCAAUCCGAUUGUUUUGACUCGUAGGGGAUGCACGGAUGUACCAUUUUGCAUGCUUUUUAUUUUGUAUUUAUUUGGAUGGACUUUUGUGGCGUUUAUUGGUAAGUGUUUAAAAUAUUGUUUAAAAUAUUUUAAUUGCGUAGUAUUAACUGUGUAUUUCUAUUUUUGAAUUAUGUGUAUUUUAGUAUUUUUAUGUAUGAACAAUGAAUGUUGUAGUUUUUUACCGUGACAUUUAAUAGUUUGUUCUUUAAAUGAUUUUUCAACUUUUCAGCUUACAAAUACGGAAAACCAGAACGAAUAUUGCACCCAACGGAUUCUUGGGGAAAUUCGUGUGGUAGUAAUCGCCCAAGUGUUUAUGAAACUAUUGACAAACCAUAUUUAUUUUUUUUUGAUCUUACAAAAUGCGUAUCUUAUGCGACUUUGCUUUCUGGAUGUCCUACUUUUCAGGUAGAAUUCUUUAUGUAAUCUUAUAAUAGUCGAAAUUUUACUCAAAAGUUUUUUUAACAAUUUUUUAUGAAAAAUAAUGCUUGUAUGUAACAAUCAGGGCCGUUGUCCCCCUCCCUCCCCCCCCUCACGUAUAAAAUGGUUUUUGUAACGAUGUUAAGUAGAUUUUAAUGGUCAAUAAGUUCGUGUUCUGUGAACUUGUUGACCGUUAAACUUUUUAAUAAAAAUAUAAUUAUUGGUUUUAGAUGUGUGUGAAAAAAUGUCCGACUAAGUAUUGGUCAUACUUAUCAUUAAAUCGAGCUAGUUUAUGGAGUCAACAGUCUGUUAAAGACAAUGCUUUUUGUGAUUACACCGUCGAUAUUGACACUAUACAGAACUUUUCUCAGUUACGCGAUUUAGUGAAGGCUGGGAAAUGUGCUGCAUAUACCGUGCCGUCUAGUGUCGGUAAGUAUAUUAUGGUUCGUUUAUCGCUGAAAUGUUUACAACUUUUAUAUCAUAAAUAUUUAAUGUGAACGUUCUUUUUGACUAAAAUUUAUUUUAGUUCUCGGCAGAUGUGUGCCCGAAGUGAUUGUUGAAGCCUCUAACGUCUUUAACGAAAAUGGAACUUUAAACAAUUUGUUGGCGAAUUUUGGCAAUGAAGACAAUUUGGUUGCACCGGACAGUAAAAUAAGUGAAACUCAAGAGUAAGUUUUGUUUUUCAAAUAUGUUAUGUUUGAAGCCGAUCUGCGUAUUAAAAAUUUUAUUGUGAUUUAAAUUUAUUUUGAUUUGCGUUGCCAGGCGUCUAAUAAUUUCGUACCUUCUCAACUCGGGUGAUUUUAGACUCGGGCGAUCUUAGACUCGGGCGAUCCUAGAUUCGAGUUAUUUUAGAGUCGGGCGAUUAAAAAUGGUUCUAAGUGGUACCAUACUUAAAAAUCGAUUAAAUGUAUGUAUUUGGUACUGAAAUUUUAAUUAUAAUAACUUAUUAUUGCGAUAACAAAUACUAUUAAAAUUAAAGUAGGUUUUGUACUUAUGAUUUUGGUACUGAGUGGUACUAAUUUUUUCUAAACUACUUAGAGUUCAACUUUGUCGUACUGAGUGGUACUAAAAUUUUGAAAUACUCUUAAAAAAUGAUCUUUUAGCCCUACCCCUGACCUUUAUAGUUUUUCCCAAUCUCACCCUUGACUCUUUUAGCCCUACCCAACUAUACCAUACCCAUACUACAUAACAUACAUUCCAUGCCCUAUGUUACCUACUAUAUCAUACCCUACAAUACUAUACUUGACUAUACUAUGCCAUUAACCUUGCUUUACUUACCUACUUUAUCCUACCCAUGUAUAUUUCACGGUAGUGUUGUAUAAGAUUGGCUAAGGUAAGAUAUGAUACAUUAUGAUAUGGCAUAGUAUGUUAUGAUACGGUAUGGUAUGGUAUUUUAUAAUAUGGUAGAUAGGAUAGUUUAUGGUACGGUAUGGAAUAUUAGGUACAACAUGGUCAGGGCCGGGCGCGAGGGGGGGGGGACGGGGGUGGGUACCCCUCCCCCCCCCCCAGAAAAAAAUUUUCGAAAAAAUUUUAACGUGCUCCCCCCUGUGGAUUUUUGGACCCCUGCCCCCAGACCAAAAGUCCCCGCCCGGCCCUGAACAUGGUAGAGUAUGGUAUGUUUGGCAAGGUGGUAUGGUAUAGUAGGUAACAUAGGGCAUGGUAUGGUAUGUUAUGUGGGAGGGGUUUGGUAUAGUUGGGUAGGGCUAAAAGGGUCAUGGGUGAGGUUGGAUAAAACUAUAAAGGUUAGGGGUGAGGUGGGUAGGGCUAAAGGGGCCAAAGGUGAGAUUGGGUAGGGCUAAAAGGGUCGGGGUGAGAUUGCCCAAGUCUAAAAUCGCCCGAGUUGUCAUAGUGCCAAUAAUUUUUGGAAAAAUAGUUGAAUGAUGUACAAAUUAUGUUUUACUUUUAGAGUUGUAAAAGCGAUUGCUCAAGGAGAUGGCCGGGUUCUUCAAAACGUUGUGGUAGACUUGGGAGUUAGCUGGUGGCAAAUAUUGGCACUGUUAAUAAUGAGCGCUAUUGUUAGCUUUGUCUGGACUCUUGUUAUGCGGCUUAUGGGAGGAUUUAUGAUUUGGAUGAGCAUACUUUUGUUGCUUCUCGGACUGGCUGGUGGUACGGUUUUUUGCUAUCACAAAUACCAAAUUUUGAUACAAGACGGUGCUAUCAACGACUACUCAUUUCAACCAAUUAUUAGUGUUUAUUUUGAAAUGCCCAACACUUGGCUUGCUUUCGGUAAGACGCAAUUAAAAGUAUCUUUUUUUGUGGUAUAACUUUAAUUUUUCUACAAAAACUUUAUGAAUAGCACACUUAACAUGUUUCUAUUUUUUUUAUUUUAUGCGUAUGCAUACACGUAUGUUUUAUGUAUAUAAUUUGCUACGUUUUCAGGUAUCACUCUAGCAGUAUUAUUGAUCAUUAUUUUCUUCGGCGUUUUAUUUAUCAGAUCAAGGGUUUCAUUGGCUGUAGCUUUGAUUGGAGAGACAAGUAAAGCAUUGGGUAGUAUGUUUUCAACAAUACUUUUUCCAAUUCUGCCGUUUAUUCUUUAUAUGGCUGUAUUUGCAUUAUGGGGGACUGUGUCCAUAUGGUUGUCAUCUAUUGGGACUGAAAAUUGUGUGUAUCAAAGUUAUACAAACAAACAGGAUUUACAAAAUGGACGAUCUUGUAAUUGCGCUGAAGUUGGAAUAGUAAGAUUUUAAAUUUUAUAAGUUUUUGUCUAGGUAUUUGCUUUAAUUUUGUUGUUGUAGGUUUUUAAUUAUAUCUUAAGAAAUUUUGUUUGACGCGUAUAUUUAAGCAAGCCAACUGCCGUUUUCUGAACCUCACUAAGCCAGAAGAACAAAUAUCCGUACUUCAAGCUUACAACGUUUUUGGAUUAUUUUGGGUGACUUGUUUUAUAUCAGCACUAUCAGAUAUGACGAUUGCUGGGGCAUUUGCGUCGUACUACUUUGCAUUUAGGAAGCCUACAGACGUUCCAUCGUUUCCUGUUUUACGUUCUAUGGGUCGUGCAGUGCGCUACCACAUGGGGACAUUGGCAUUGGGAUCGAUGAUACUGAGCUUUGUGAAAAUGUUACAGGUUAUACUUGACUUUGUGUACAGCAAAUUGAAAAACGUGGAAAACCCUGUAGGCAAAGCUAUUUACAGGUACAUUUGAAAAAAUAUUUACUAUAAUUCAACAAAAGUUUAUAAAUUGUUACUUUAUAAUAUUAUUAUUUGGUUUUACAAAAUUUUAAAUGUUUCUCAUCUUAAAACUUAUGAUAAUAUCGUAUUUUGUUUUAGGGCGUUGACGUGCUUAUUCUGGUGUUUGGAAAAGGUUUUACGGUUUUUGUCUAAGAAUGCUUAUAUAAUGACAGCAGUUUAUGGAAAAGGGUUUUGUAAGUCUGCUAGAGACUCUUUCUCGUUAUUAAGUCGUAACCUGGUCCGAGUGGUGGUACUAAAUCGUGUUUCGGCAUUUUUGUUGUUUAUUGGGAAAGCCUUGAUUACCUGUGGAAUGGGUAAGUUCAUUUCCUCGAGAAUUCAUAGAUAUUUUAUAAACAAGGUUUGAAUUUUUUUUUUGAUUUACAGAUAGCAGUUACCUGUGAACAAAUUUUUCAAAAAAAAAUAUUUUUGUUUUUUUACGUGUGGGACGAUAUAAGUAAGAAUAAAUAUCUACUGGUCAUUUUUUGGAUUUUUACUAUUCGAUUUAUCUUUAAUUCUCCAAUUUUAGGUGCUUUGGCGUUUUACUACUUUACUGGCCAAAUUCGAAUUGACGAUUUACCUCAAGUUAAUUUACAUUACUACUUCGUACCAGUUAUCAUUGUUGUUGUAGGGACCUACUUUAUCUGUGAUCUUUUCUUUCAAGUGUAUGAUAUGGGUGUAGAUACAACGUUUUUAUGUUUUUGUAAGUUUCGUCAUAUAUGGCUGGGGACUUAUACUUCAAAUUUUUUUCUUCAAAAUAUUUUUUUUCUCAGUGAAAAUUAAAAAAUGGCGCAGAAAAAUACAGAAUUCUGCGCCAUUUGAAAAAAAUAUCGUUUGAAAGAGAGAGUCUUUUCUCUAGUGUCACUUGUUUUAUUGUGCUCUCUUUUUAAAACGGCGCAGAAUUUUGUAUUUUCCUGCGCCAUUUUUUGGUUUUCACUGAGAAAAAAAAAUAUUUUUGAGAAAAAAAAUUCGAAGUAUAAGUCCCCAGCCAUAUAUUUUGGGAAAAGUGUGUGGCUUACCUUUCUUUAAAAUCAUGGUUUUGUAUUAACUUUUGCUUUUAUUAUUUAUUUCAUUUCUAGUGGAAGAUAGCGAGGCGAACGAUGGAACGACGGAAAAGCCUUUCUACAUGUCUGAUUCACUAAAACGUUUAUUAGGAAAGGAGAACAAGUUUUGA